AUGAUAAAGAAGUUGUUACCACCCCUUGGAGUAAGAUAUGGAGACUUCGAUAAAUAUAGGAACUACGACAUGAGUACAAUCCACGCUCGUUUUUAUCGCGAUAUAUUUGAUAAAUACAUGGCCAACGGUACACAUUAUGUUACAAGCGUUCGAGAUCCUGCUGAUCAAUGGGAAUCUGCAUUUCACCAAUUUAAUUUCCGACGUGUAAUCUCAAAAGCGGUAAAUGGUCAUGAACAAAUGGUAAUUAUUAAUUCUUCACUAAAAGUACCCUUUAAUAAAGGCAAUUCUACGCUUGAUGCCAUUAAUGAAUUCCUGCGCAAACCAAAGGUAUAUCAUAAUGAUUUAAAGCAACUAGGGGAAGUUGUAUGGCAUUUUGGGCAUAACAGUCAGAUGUUUGAUUUGAGCACGGAUCUUACUAUGGACCAGAUUCAAAAUGAGACGCUGGUAAAUAUUACAAUUAACAAACUGAUUCAUGAACUCGAUGCUUUCAUCGUAGCAGAGUACUUUGACGAAUCUCUGCUGGUCAUGAAAAAAACAUUUUGCUUAACUUUUACUGAUAUCUUGUACGUAUCGCAGAACAAACGAGAAUUGAAAAACAAACUGCCAGAGACGACCCGAACGAAAAUUCGUGACUGGAAUCGAGCAGAUACCCUCCUUUAUAGUCGCGUUAACGAAUCUUUGUGGAAGAAAAUACAUUCUUACGGUCCAGAUUUUCAGAAAGACUUGAAAUACUUCAAAAAUCUUUUAUUGGAGGUAGAGUCAAAUUGUUCGCUGCCUUUGCACAAAAGGCCUUUUAAACUAAAUCACAAGACAUAUGGGAAAACACUAAAACCCAGUGCUUCUUUGUUUUGUAAAAUGGUUGCGGGUCACUUUGCUGACAUACUCAAGAGAGUCGUUGAUAAACAAAAAAGUCAACACAUAUGA